AUAAUCAACUGCAAAUGAACGGAAGGAAACAAUCAGUGGGUGGUUGUAACGUCACUGAGUCGCACAGUAUUUGCAUACUGGAACUCUGAGCUCUUCUCGUAGUCCAGCAUGUCAAGAGCCACCUCGCAGCUCUCCCUCACCACCCUCUCCCCGUCUCCACGAAACUCCCUCAGAAUCUCCAGACACUCCUGCGUGGCUAUGGAGCCCAGGGCCUCCGCACACUCGUGUCUCACCAUGGCCUCCUCAGAGGGGUCCCGCAGAGAGCGACUGAGGGCCGAGACCACUCCCGGCUCCUUCAUCUGUCCCAGAACGUAGGCAAUCUCGUGCUUGAACAGAGCGCUCGAGUCACCGAGCCCCGUCGCGAGGGCCAGCGCGGCGUCGGGCCCGCCGUGGUUCCUCAGGGAAAACAGCGCUCUGUAGCGGGAGAACAGAGAGUGUGAAGUGUCGUUUAGCAUCUCCUGCCAUUGACGGACGUCCCCGGUUGUCAGCGGAGGAGCCGGAUCCACGGAGGAGUACGGGUUGGUAUCUACGAAACUCUCCCGCUCCGGACAUCUCAGCCAUCGGAGUCGCUCCAGCGCUAUCUGGCACGUCUCGGCCACCUCUUGGGCUGCGUCCUUCGAGUGCUCCUCCAGUAUCCGCCCGCAGCUCGGGUCCCCGAUAGCUCCCAGUGCUUCUCCGGCCUCGUGCCUCACCAUCGGGUCCUGGUCCUUGUCUCCGAGGACUCGAGUCAGAACUCCGAGUGCCGCAGGGUCCCCGAUCUGGCCCAGGCAGUAGGCACACUCGUGCUUCAGGAGCGCCGAGGGGUCGGAGAAGCCUCGCGCGAUCUGAGCGAUGGCCUCGCGGGUGGCUAUUCCUCUGAGGGUGAAAAGGGCACGGAACCGUUCGUCCAACGCCUUGCUCCAGUCGUUCAGGACCGCUCCAACCGCCUCUACAGUGUCACAACUGAACUGACGGCUCAUUUUUAAAAUUACUCUCUGCAGCCGCGUGUGUCAGGUCAAAGUACGUAUCUAAUUAAGCGGUAGUGGUGUGUGUCAAAUAGAAAACAGGCUGUCUCCGUACGACGAAAGCGUAGGACUGUCCCACUGUGGCAAAGCUACAUAAGAGGAGAGAAGGCAGAUUUGAAAGUGGGCGUGACGACCGGAGAUGUCACGACGAUCUCCCAUCAUUCAGGAUGAAUCCAACACAGAUCCAGAGCUGGAGCCACUCGCUCCCUCAGACCCCGCCUGUCCUGACAGACCAGCCCCCUUCAAGUUUAUCACUGUAAAUGUCUACUGCAGUGAAGUGGUGACAUCACGGGAGCGAAAGAAGGGGAAGCGAAUGGUGUGUGACUGUCAAUUUGAUCCAGAACAAGAUGAUCCCGAGGUUGCCUGUGGAGAGAUCUGUCUCAACAGACUCCUCAUGAUAGAGUGUGGGUCUCGGUGUCCCUGUGGGGAGUACUGUAACAACAAGAGGUUCCAGAGAGGAGUCUAUGCACAAGUGGAGGUCUUCAAGACUGAUAAAAAGGGAUGGGGACUCUGUGCACUAACUGACAUACCACAAGGGACGUUUGUGAUGGAGUACUGUGGGGAGAUCUUGGAUGCCACUCAGAAGGGGAAUAACUCGAGGUUCAUUAACCACAGCUGUGACCCAAACUGCGAGACACAGAAGUGGACAGUGCAGGGGAAACUGAGGAUUGGAUUCUUCACAGUGAGGGACAUUCAGGAGGGAGAGGAGAUCACCUUUGACUACCAAUUCCAGAGAUUUGGUGAUGUGGCCCAGAAGUGCUACUGUGGCAGUGCUAAUUGCAGGGGUUACCUCGGUCAGAGCAAGACGACCGGGCAGUUCAGGGGAGGAGGGGGAGGGAGGCUUCCGCGAGGAGAUAUCGGGAGUCCGAGGGAGGCGGGGGGAGGGGGGGGAGGGUGGAGGAGGAGACACACAGCCAGGGCUGACAAUAGGGAAGACAGCAUGUUUGAGAAGCAGAUAUACGACAUAGUUGGUUCGAGUUGGCGACUCAAGAACACGGAUCAGGUCAUUGCCAUAUCACGCAUCAUGCUGCAGGCAGAGCGGCUGGAGCAGAGAGUUAUGUUACUCCACGUCCUACAGGCCACAGAGGACCAGUCGUGUCUCCGUAAGUUCCUCUCCCUCCACGGUCUGCGGCUGCUGUGGAGUUGGAUGGUGGAUUCUCCUGAGCCAGACUCACUCAACAUACUCCACUUCAGACAACAGACAGAAGUGAAAAGUUCAGUUUACCUCAGGCCUGGAUUUGUUGAUCAACAGGGACAACCGCUUAGUGUUCCCAGAAGCCAGUCUCUCCGGGCGCUACUCCACCUCCCCAUCACCACCAGGAACCAGGUCUCAGACUCCCACCUCCUCACCUCCGUCACCAGGUGGCUCAAACACUUCGAGAAACCGCAGCAACCACAGGAGCCACUCCCUGGAAACUCAGACCCUCCCCUCCCAGCCCUGGCUUCAGGGGUAGGACCCCAGUCUUUAGCAGCUGAUGAGCUUCAGCCACUGAACCAGAGACUGAGAGACUACAUGGAAGCUACGGUGGUGACAGAGGCCGACAGCCACAUGGACAGUGAACCCAGUAGUAGUGUGGCCCAACAGGAAGAGGUGGGGUCAUGUGACAGUGUAGGUGUGGUCAUGCACCUAUCAUGUGACCCACUGACUCAUUCACAAAACCUGGAGAAGUAUCCCGCGAGUAGCGACGAAGCCGGAGAGCUUAAGCCAGAUUCUAAGGCAACGUUUGAAGGGGGUAUGCCCCCAAGUAAUGGAAGCGAACAGGUUUUAAUUAGCAGAGGGGCUAACCAGGAACCAGGUUUGGCUCAUUCGGUAUCGACAGCGAACAGCAGAGAGCAGGUAGCCCUGAUUGGAGCCUUUCGCGGAGGAGUUGUUUUAGGACCAGAUUCUGAUUGUUCUAGUGGCCGAGUUUUGGAGGAGGGAGGAAUCAGCGACGGUCAGUCGUGUGACAGUGUAGCAGGUGUACACUCCACUGAUACUGUAAGUGAGCCUCGGAAUACGGAGAGAGAGUCGCGAAAAGAUUCACAUGAUCUAAAAAAGAGAGAAAUUGGAAAUGGCGUCACAAGAGAGGCUGCUUGAAACGGAGUUGCAUGAGGAUAUGGAAGUUGAGUCGCAUAACGAAGGAAAGGAAAUGGAAGUUAAGUCACAUGACCAAUGUAAGGAAAUGGAAGUGGAGUCACGUGACAAGGAAACGGAACUGGAAGUGGAGUCACGUGACAACGAAACGGAAAUGGAAGUGGAGUCACAUGACAAAGAAACGGAAAUGGGAAUUGAUUCGAAAAAGGAACCGGAGUUGUGUGAUGCGAAACAAGAAGAGGGAGUGGAGUCACACGGGAGAGAAGUAGAAGGGAAAGCUUCUCAAUCACAGGAGUGCCAAAUAAAAUCACAAGAAGGGAAAGUGGAGACUUUUGAAUCUUGUGACAAUGUCACUGGUUUGUUUAUGGAAGCUCCAGGCAACAACGAUAUCCAGUCAAGCAACAAAGACGUUGAGUCAAGUUUGAGACUUCCAGGGGAACAGGAAGGAGACGAGAAGGAAGUCUGUAAACUAGUACAAGGCGAAGAAGAAGUCCUGUCGAGCUUGAAUGACAAGAGAGUCAAGCCAAGUUUAGAAGUAACAGGGAACAAACAAGCUGUUGAGUCAAAUGACAGAGAGGUUGGGUGGCAUGGUAAGGAGAGUGGAUCAAAUGAAGUUACCCCUCAUGACCAAGUGGAGGGUAUGAAUGAAUCAGAAUCUAUAAGCAAAGAAGCUCCAGUGUUUCCACACACGGCCUUAUGGUCACAACCAGAAUCAGGUGACAAGUCACAUGAUCCCCAGCCUGUGGAUUACUUGUGUGGUGAUAAGGAAGUAAAUUCACUACUAUCGCAUAACAAGAAAAUCGAGCAGGACAAGACAGUUCAAUCGCAUGGUAAGGAUGAAUGUCACGAUAAGGAUCUAGUUGAGUCUUGUGACAAAGGACAUGAUAACAAAUGUGAUGAAUUACACGAAAAUAAACAGGACAAGACAGCAGAAUUUAAUGAUAAGACGCAUGGUAAUGAACAAGCUCAAUCACAGGAACUGGACACGCAAAAUGAACAGGAACCGGACAAAGAUAUUGAAUCACGUCCAGAAGGGUACAAGCAAGUUACACUUGGUAUGGAAGGAGAAAUGCAAUAUCCAAAUCAGUUAGCACCGCACGAGCAAAUGGAAUCACACGACAAUGAGAUGCUGUCAAAUGAAGGGCCGCAAAAUAUUCCACAGACUGAAUCAGGUAACAAGGAGAUGGAAAAUAAUAAUAGGUCAGUAGAAAGUUCACAUGGUAUGGAAGACAAUUCACAUGACCAACAGAUGGUACCAUUUUUUGAGUCACAUGACCUGUCAGUUGUGACUAAGCAGGUAUCACAUGAUACUGAUAGGCAAAUGCAGGAUCUGUCAGGUGGUGGAUCAACUCAUGAAGCACAACAAGAACCUUCCUUUGACGCAGAAUUCCCAAACAGUUCAGAAUCUAAUGAUGGAGACAUUUGCUUACCAGAGUCACAUGACCCCCUUCCAGGGUCACAUGAUCCAGUGAUAACAGAGUCACUAGAUCCAAUGGCGAUUGAUCCACAUCCAGAAUCACAUGACCACCUUCCAGGGUCACAUGAUCCAGUGAUGACAGAGUCACUAGAUCCAAUGGCAAUUGGUCCACCUCCAGAAUCACAUGACCCAGUGCCAACAUGGUCACAUCCAGAAUCACAUGACCCAGUGCUGACAGGGUCACAUGACUCACCUCCAGAGGCACAUGACCGAAUUAUUACAUCACCAGAGGGGUUACCUGGAGGUGUCAGCAUCACAUCAGCUGACAGAGGAACUGAGUCACAUGGUGAUCAUGUGGCUAGUGUAGACCCACCUCAUGAAGUCAGUGAGACAUCAAUGGAGACUGCUGAAACAGCGGGUGAAGUUCGUGAGGAGUUAGGGGAUGGAGUCAAGGGUGAUGGGGAGACUCCUGCUCGUUUGGCACCUAGCGUCGCCCAGGCACAAGCAAGUAGCCAUGAACCUGGGUCUAUGGUUGAGGAUGCAAGGGAGAAAAAGAGUGCCACUCUCGGCCAAACUUCUUCCCUCCCCUUGACCGAGGCUCCACCUGAUGGUGGAGUAACAACUGAAGAAGCUAAAGUUUUUUUCUGCGAGGCAAUAAGUGAAGAGGCACAAGAACCACAGAGACCAGUAGGGUCAUGUGAUGAAUCACCUGACCAUGAAGAAAAGUCACAUGACCAAUCAGUUAUGAGUGGGGAAAAUCCUAAUGAGCAGCCAACUUUGAAGGAAGCGAAGGCAUGCGACUGGCCUUGCACGAAUGAGGCAGAAUUACAUAACCAACCAACAAUGGCUGAUGCGAAGUCACAUGACCAACCAACAAUAACAGGUGUGGAAUCAACUCUGGAGUCACAUGACCAACCAAUGCUGACUGUGGUGGAGUCACAUGACCGACAAACUCUGGACAUGGUAAGUGUGAAUGAUGCAAGGUCACAUGACGAAUCAGCUGUAAGCGAGUUGAGGUCACAUGACCAGCUAGCGGAGAAUGAUGAAACGUCACAUGACAUGUUUCCCAAGAAUGCACUUGGCCAAUUAUUAGUUAUGAGUGAAGUAAAGUCACAUGACAAGCCAACAGAGAACGAUGCAAUGUCACAAGACCCCACGAAUGAUGCAGGGUCACAUGCAGUUUAUGAUCAGUCGGGGCAAGAAAAAGCAAAUUUACCAGACCCACUGACAACAAAAGACUUGUGUGAGAAGUCACAUGACAUCAGAAAUGAAGCCGAGCGCGAGUCUUGUGAUACCAAACGAGAGUUACGUGAGAAUGAGUCAAAUCCUCAAUUUGACAGCGAGGUUCAGAACAAGAACGAGGAGAGUUCCCGCGGAGCUGCCCACCCCAACCAGUCUAGUGACAAGAGAGACAGCACUUCAGUCGAAGCAAUAAUUGAUACUAAAGACAGUGUUUUAGUGGACCAGUCUCAGGUGGCAGCAUCAUCCACUACUGAAGGCAGGCCUCGCGACAUAGGAGACCAGCCAGUCCAGAAUGAGCAAAUGUCUCUUGAUCCACCAUCACAACAUCUCAGUUUUUCAAAGUCACGUGAUGGUGAAAUGAAAUCACUUGACUGCGAACCAAAAUCGCCUGACAGUAAACAGAAGUCGCGGAAGAGUAGACAAAGGUCGUCUGAAUACGAAGUAAAGAGUGAUGCAAUAUCACGUCAUGAUAGCGGUAGUGAGACAAAGGCUGCACCGGAAUUGCAUCUCGGCGACGAUGAAAAGUGUAUAAACAGUAGUAAAGUGACCAGUGAAACACAGCUGUAUGCACCGAUUGAUGACAAAGACGAGGCUGAAAGAGGCAAGGAGGAGAAACUGUGUGCCGUAAAGUCCACUGCAGGUGACUCCACGUCAUGUGAAGAGAAUGAGGGGAUCUCCUGCGAGGCCGAGGCAAGACAGGAUGUGGGCGUGGCAGACAAGCCUCGGGAAUCUGCCGAGAACGUGGAGUUUGUUGCCGCUAGCAACCGAGUCGUCUCCUUGGCUACCAAACUGCUGGAAAAGUGGGAGGGGCUGAAGGAAGUGUUCCGUAUUCCAAAGAGAACCCAAUCAGCUAAGAGGAAGUCUCCAGGAGUGGACUCUCCACAGCUCUCAGCUGCUUCUGACGGAGACACAAAGGAGCAGGAGGAGG